AUGUAUUCGCAAAGACGUUUUUGCCAUAAAUCUGUCGUACAAUCAGGAUCUGAUAUAAGCAUUACCGAAGUCAAAGAACAGCAUGCCUACAGCCCAUUACGUUUUAACUUUCUGAACUUUUUACCCUUUCAUAAACUACUCCGUCUUGCUGAUUUAUAUCCUGAAGACUUCUCAAGUAACGAUUAUUUAUAUCUUGAGUCUCAACUUCGAAAUUAUAUUUAUAAUGUGCAACGCGAUCCUCAAUUUUCAGAAGUUGGAGAUUUGGGAAGUCUUGCUCAACAAAUGGUUAAAACUGGUAAAAAUACAGUUUUUCCAUUGGUUUAUUGUUUGAUCCAGUUGGCAUUAGUUCUACCAGUUGCGACUGCUUCUGUUGAAAGAGUAUUUUCUGCAAUGAAUAUUGUCAAGACUGAUUUGCGCAACAAAAUGGGAGACGAGUGGAUGAAUGACUGUCUGGUUGUAUACAUCGAGAAGGAUAUUUUUGCAACAAUUGAAAAUGAGCAAAUAUUGCAGCGUUUUCAACGGAUGAAGACUCGCAGAAUGCAAUUGCCUCCUCUUCGUUAUUCGAGUGCAACAACUACCAAUACUUCAAGUGUUAAUCAAUAA